UGCAUUGGCAGGCGGAUUCUCAACCACUGCGCCACCAGGGAAGCCCUGGAGGUCUCUCUUUAAAUUCCGCAGAGGAUGCUCUGGUGGGGCUUCUGUAUACAAUAGGAGCAGCAGCAGUGCAGACCUAGUCACGAGCCUUCAAGCGCUGGGGCAGAAAGAGCAGACAUUUGUGUAGAGUCAUAGCAAAGACUUACAUAUACAGUGCCUGCCUUAUGCCAGGUACUGGGUUCACUCACUGUUCAUCACACUGUCACUGUCCCCUUUCUGCAGAGGCAAAGCCCCGGGUGGACCUGGGAUUCGAGUCUGUGCUUCAGGCCAUUGUGCGUCACUGCCUCAGAACACUGAGCCUCAGCUUGGGUUUUCUCUCCCAGCCAGUCCCAUAAAAUAUAAAAUGAGUGUUUCUUGUGGGGUAUGUGGAAGCAAUUUACCAGAAACCACCUCUCAGGAGGCUGAAUAGUGAGACAAAAGGACUGCCAGCGUAAGUGGACAGGGUUGAGGGAAGAAUGCCAGACAUACCUGUGUCAGGCUGGGCUGAGGACAAGCUGUUUCUUUGUGCUUUGUUCUGAAGCCUUCUCUAGUGUACAGAGCCUGGCCUUAUGACGUAACCAAGAGUAUUGCAGUCAGCUGUAACCCAAGGGGUUCCUGGGCCUCAGUGGAAAAAAACACUUUGGGAGGCCACAGGUAUGAAAUUAUCUUAAUGGGCAUCCUUCUGCUCUGGACAGGAAAGAUUUGAAAUUCAAAACCACAUGCUUUGACUUGACCCUGUUCCAUAAUGGCACUGCCAAUAUUGGCCAGCUAAACCUUGGAGAAAGAGGUGCUUUUAAUUUGGGAGUAGCUGAUGGUUCAUUUGAAACCAAACAUCUGCUGAAGAUAAAGAUGCAGCGAAAGGUCUGCUUUUCCAUAGAAUUCUUCAUGAAUAGAGUAUCUCCAUUGUGUUCUUACUAAAGACACAAAAACAGACAAAGAAGGUCAGAGGAGCUUGGAAGUGCUGUUAGAGACAUUGCAUUUGGACCAAGAGUCAGGAUUCCUAGGUGCUGGUCCCGGCAGUGCCACUGAGAAGCUGUGUGACUUUGGACCAGCCAUAUCAGUACUCGUCUCUGUUUCCUUAAUAAAAAACAUGACCUUGUACCGGUUCUAAAAAGUACACACUUGUAGAUGCCACAGGAACAGUCAAGUCUAGGGAGAUGUCAACCUCACACGCUUUUGGUGGUGGCGCUUAUUUUAGCAAAGUCCCUCGGGUCCUGGGAUGGUUGAAUUUCAGCGUGGAUAGUGUCUGUUCCCGUUACCUUUCAUUCCAUUUCUGCUUAGGGGGAAAUAACCACACAGCUCAUCAAACCCUCUUCACUAAAUCCAUUAGCCCCUUUUGGAAAGGGGUCACCUUACUGCUCUGACAUCUUGGGUUGAGUGAACUGAUGAGGGCCACACAGGAUGACAUUUUUCUGCUUAAAGUGUUUCAAAUGAUCUUGUUUCUUGAGAUGCUUUGGUGGCAUUACAGAAAGUGCCUUGGAAGUGGUUAUCAUGCUAUAGGGUAUACAUUUGUGGUUAAAUUGUGGUGUUAGAUGAGAAAAGUCAACUCUCACCUAGACAAUCAACUAGAGAUGAAUCACUCCGUGAACUGCAUCAUCCAGACCCAGCUGUGAUAUUCACCUCAGUUUUCUUCUUUAAGUGAAAAGAUGCAUGAAACCACUUUUGGUUAUUGAAUUUGUCUCAUAAGGAGAGAAGAAAGCUUCUAGCUAGGCUUUAAUUAUAGCUCUGCACACGCCCAUGGCCUAAUUGAAGUUUGCUUUACUCCAGAGAAGGAGUGGUGGUUCACAGCGGUGCUGUGUGUGUCUUGGUUACUGGGGAGAAGCCAGGUGUAGGGUACUUAGUGCUCCCUCGGUGGUUCUUGGAGUGGCCGGUGGGAUCCGGAGCUGGGGCGGUGGUGGCCAGCUGCUUGCUGUGGCCUGCUUUUCCACUGGAGCACAGACCUGCCCUGUCGGGGUGACUUCCAGAAGUCAGGGUAGAGCCCUGCCCUCACUUCCAGUGCCUCCCCUUUGGUCCCACCUCCUGGGCCCUCCCUGGGGCUGCAGUGUGAUGAGCUGCCCAGAGCAGCUCUUGGAGGGAAGGCCGGGCGUUGGCUGAGAGCCUCCAGGGUCUGGUACUCAGACAUGCCGUUUUCUUCUGAUGGGAAUGGAGAGAGCAGGACCCUGAUACUGGCCACUUGUACGGAGGGUGGCUGAGAAGCUUAGGUGAAUAAACUUGAACUCGGGCGCUUGAUCCUCAUGUGUUAAAUAUCCUAUCCCUUUUGAAGCCAAGGAUAUUUAAGAAUUAAACUCCAUGUCACCAGUAUGACAUUUAAUGAGGACUGGUUUUCAUCUUGUGGACGGAAACUUUUAUUUUCCCCUGCAAAUAAAACAUUGGGCCUAGAUUUAAGGGGCAAGAAGCAGCACCUUGAACACUUUGUUUGUUGUUAUCGAGCAAAUAUUUGUUCAACAUCCCUUAUGUACGAGUCCCCGUUCCAUCUCCCCCCACCCCCGUGAUGGAUUCUGUGGCUGCAGAUGUGCAGACACAACCUCUGAGAGCUUACAGAGGAGCUUCAGACAGAGCCGGUGACGGGUCUUAAAGGAGCAUGUAAGCACAUAGGUGUAAGUCACGGCGGCUCAGAGGCAGGAGACGGGCUUCAGCUGGAGUGCUCAAGGGAGCAAUCAUGAAAAACAAUAAAAUUUUAGCUGACCUUUGAAGGAUGAAUAAGAUUUUGAGAGCUGGAGGUGGGGGUCCAUGGGUGCAGAGAGCACUGCAGUUGAAAAGGAUAAAGUAAUGGUCAUUUCUAACAGUUGCUGUGCUUAUCCUCUAUACCAGGUUGGGUGAGAUAAGCAUUACACACAUCUUGUUAACGUCUCACGGCAGCCUGAACAGGCCAGAGUAUUAUUUUUAUCCUGUUUGAAGAGUGAGGAAAAUGAGGCCUGAAGAGCUGCCAUCUGUUUUUGUAAAUAAAGGAACAGGCAUGGUUUGCUGUUUCAUAGUAUUUUUUGUGCUCCCUCCCUCCCAUUGGUGAUGUAACAGAACUGCAAGUUUCUGUUUCUAAGGAAAGGCUUCUGUGAAUACAGAUUUUACAUUCUCUUCUGGUGUUUUUGAAAGUUGUUUCCCCUUUUUUACUGCCAAGGGGCAAAAGCAGAUGUGCUUAGAGGGGAUGCCCAGAAGUGGUGACGCGUUUGCUUUGAAGUCUUCACACUGUCUCUCCUAGUUGCUCCUGUGACCAGAAACACGGAAGCAUGCAACAGCCAGCUGGGCUCAAGGGGCGGGACUUCCUACAAGGGAAACAGAUUUUGCCCUUGGAGAAUGUAUCUCACCUGGGAGAGGCUCACACCUGUGAUCUAGGCUUCUUUAUCUCCAUCCUUUAACCCAGUGGAGUUCCAAAAAGUUCUUUCUCUGUACCCUCCAGCCACAGAAGAAAAUUUAUCAGCGCCCUCAUGGGGUAGAAGGAAGGGCAGCAAAGAACAUUGUGCCAAGAUGACACCUCUCUUCCCUCAGGUUUCCACCCCAGCGCGCGCACACACACGCACACACGCACGCGCGCACAUGCACACACGCGCGCGCGCACACACGCACACACGCAGCCCACUUUAGACUCAGGCUUUGUAUCUUGAUGCAACGUUGGGACUUCUGGUAGGUCUGCAUGCGGUGUGCUUAACUGGCAUGACUUUAGGAAGGGGAAGACCAGAAAGAUAAUAUACCUUCCAGCAAAUUACCUGUGGGUCUGGUUUUUCAAAGAUAGUAUAGUGUAGUUUAUGUGUGGUCUGUUUUCAAAAAAAUCUUAGUAACUGUAGAAAAUUAAAACAGAACCUUUGGAAAUAAUUUAAUACAGCCUCAUCUGCUUACAGUAAAGAAUGACCAAGGUCCAAGGGAAUUAGCUGGCGUGUCCCAGGUUGCUCACUAGCCCUGGUACUUCUGCUCCCUAAUCCUGGGUUCUUUUCAUCAUAAAAUGUUGGGCUGGUCUUUGGCCGCAAAAACCAUGUUAGCUCUUAAAGGAGUUAGUAGAAGGAAAACCAGAUUGAAGCAGGGUGUUGAGUGUGCUGGCUUUUGUCUCUGAGGGUGGAAGUUUAACCGUUUGUCUUCAGACCUUUGUGAUCAGCUGAUGUUCCCUGAGGGUAUCUGUGCGCCGCUGCCCUCCCCCCCAGCCAAACUCUGUUGGAGGACAGUGUAGGGGAAGGUGGUCAGUGCGAGGUUCUAAAGUCCUGUGUCUCGGUUACAUCUUUCGUGCAGCGCUGGUAGGUGAACCAUUUCUUACGUGAAUCAGGUAGCAUGAAACCAGUGGUCCCCACUCCUAGUUUCACACUGGAAUUGCCUUGCAAGCUUCUGGUUUAAUGGUCUGGGGGAAGCCAGGCAUUAGCAAUUUUUUUUUUUUUUUUUUUGCGGUACGCGGGCCUCUCACUGUUGUGGCCUCUCCCGUUGCGGAGCACAGGCUCCGGACGCUCAGGCUCAGCGGCCAUGGCUCACGGGCCCAUCCGCUCCGCGGCAUGUGGGAUCCUCCCGGACCGGGGCACGAACCCGUGUCCCCUGCAUCGGCAGGCGGACCCUCAACCACUGCACCACCAGGGAAGCCCCCAUUAGCAAUUUUUAAAAGCUCCCCCGGUGAGCCUGUCCUACAGCUGGAAUGGGAACCACAGCUUAACAGUUCUCAAACAUCAGUGGCAUCAAAAAUCACCUGUGAAACAACCAGUUUUCACACCACGGAGCUUCACACCCAGAAAUUUCUGAUUCAGUGGGUCUGGGGUUAGGCCUCAGAUUUUAUAUUUCUAGCUAACUCCUGGGUGAUGGUGCUGCUGCAUCGGGACCACACUUUAUAAACCACAGGAUUGGAUUCUCUAGGGUUUUGGCUCUGAAGCUCCAGGCAGGGCUCAGGUAUUUGCAUGUCUUUUGAGUUCCCACAUGAUGCUGGUGCAGCUGGACUAGGGACACGUUGAGAACCACACUUGGGGGCCCAGUGGCCGGUUCCUUGUCUUGGCUCCCCAGAUGAGCUCAAGCACGACAAGACAGACCACCUGAGGUUUCUCCUCCCAUGGCCCCACUUGACCACCAGAGGGAGAGCCACCGGGAACAGUUGAGGAUGCCAAGGUUUUAGGAGAUGGUGGUGAGCUGCGGUCUCCAUGGAGAAAGGCGCAUCUCGUGGGUGUCUGGCUGGCUGGAACAUAGUGGACACGCACAGGGUGGUCAGAUCACACCUUCCUUCUGGACCGUUGGAGCAGGUCCUUAGGUCUCCCCUUAGCCGGGCAUCACCCUCAUGUGCGGGUGAGGCAGCUGAGGCCCUCGUGGAGAACUGGCGACCCUGCAGCUCUGCACCCCAAGUCCGGGGUCCUUACUGUGCCACCACAGUGCCUACUCUGCCGCAGUUAGUGACGGGAGUAUGGGAAGGCCAGUACAACUUCUUCUGUCAGGGCACACGCAGUGGAGGAGAAGCAGACAUGAAGAUCAUCCGCGUGCUCUGGUGGUACUACUUCUCCAAGCUCAUUGAGUUCAUGGACACCUUCUUCUUCAUCCUGCGCAAGAACAACCACCAGGUCACAGUCCUGCAUGUGUACCACCACGCCUCCAUGCUCAACAUCUGGUGGUUCGUGAUGAACUGGGUCCCCUGUGGCCACUCUUAUUUUGGUGCCACACUUAACAGCUUCAUCCACGUCCUCAUGUACUCGUACUACGGUCUGUCGUCCGUCCCUUCCAUGAGGCCGUACCUCUGGUGGAAGAAGUACAUCACGCAGGGGCAGCUGGUACAGUUUGUGCUGACCAUCCUCCAGACCAGCUGCGGGGUCAUCUGGCCGUGCGCCUUCCCCCUUGGUUGGUUGUAUUUCCAGAUUGGAUACAUGAUUUCUCUGAUUGCCCUCUUCACAAACUUCUAUAUUCAGACCUACAACAAGAAGGGGGCCUCCCGGAGGAGAGAACACCAGAACGGCUCCGUGACGGCCGUGAACGGCCACACCAGCAGCUUUUCUUCUCUGGAAAACAGUGUGAAGCCGAGGAAGCAGCGUAAGGACUGAGGCCCAAGGGUUGACAGCCUCUGAACCCCGUCGUCUGAUUGUAAGCACAAAUGAAUUGUGCCCAAUGCUCGUUAACAGCUGCUGUAACUAGUCGGCCUACCAUAAUGUGACUCACGUAGGACCUCUUCCAUCAGUUCCAAACCCCUAGGAAAUGUAGACAGAUUACCCAAGUAGGCAUAAGAUUUUUAACAUUUCUGGGCUCUCACCGACCCCUGCGCUAGACUGUGGAGGGCGUGUUGUUGUAGUACACAACACUGCUGUUGCCUUAUUAGUUAUAACAUGAUAGGUGCUGAAUUGUGAUUCACAAUUUAAUAACACUGUAAUCCACACUUUUUUUUUUAACUGUAGACCAUGCAUGUGAUUGUAAAUUUGUAUAAUAAUGGUGUUACAGUAGAGAAACACACAUGCCUUAAAAGUUAAAAAACAGGGCCCAAAGCAUAUUCGUUUAAAUUAGGGUAUGUUUCAAGUUUUUAUUCAUUUCUAAUAGCUCUGUUCAGAAAAGUCGAAGACCAUGACUUAUGAAACUAUCGUGUGACACGUAGUUUCAAGUGACUUGUACAUGUGAAAUCGGCACCUUCAGUUUUGUAAUAUCGGCUUUAAAUCAGGCAGGUUCAAAUCUAGUGGAACAGUCAGUUUAACUUUUUAACAGAUCUUAUUUUUUUAUUUUGAGUGCCACUAUUAAUAAUGUAAAAAGGGAGGGGGGGUUCUAAAGCAGUCUUGAUGAAACUUAAAAUAUAUAUUCUUUGUCUUCAGGAUUUUAGGAAGUGUGUAGGAUGAGUAGGCCGUUUUAAAUUCCAGAAUUGCUUAAGUGUUUUUAUACAGGAAACAAAGCCCAUUUUGCUUUCCACUUGUGAGAGAAGAUUUAUACUUUUCAAGAGAGAUGAUUAAAUGUUUACCAUUUGACAGAGUCCCAUAGAUGAGCAGUGGGGAACUGGUUGCCAGGGUCCAAAUUUGGGUUGAUUUCUGUACUAUUUGUUUUGACACAAACUUCCUUUGAAAAUGUGCCUAGCUUACCAAAAUGAAUUAAAGGUGGGGAAAGGACCUUAGAAAAAUUUAAGGUAAAAUUAAACAGAUAGCUGCAGCAUGAGAGAACUGGGGGAUUGGAUAGAGAUGGUUUGUUUAAUGUAAAUCUAAUAGCACCUGUAAUUUUUUUAUCCCGCUUCAAAUCUAAAGAUUUGUUUAGAAAUACUUGUUUAAAAAUAAGUCUGCUUAUCAUAAAAUCAUGUCUCAUACCCUAGAGGCAGUGGUCAAACAGAUAAGGACUGUUGUGUGUGUCAUCUUAAAGUGUUGGAAUUUAGCCUCGGAAUAACCUUCUCCGUCUGGAGGAAAAAAACAUUCACUGAACCACUCGUGACACAUCUGAGAAGGUCAAUGACAAUGUAUGAACGAAUUGUUGGUUUGAUAUUUAUGUAAAUAUCAGUUUAUCAUGCUUUAAUUUUGCACAUUCAUAUUAUAGGGAGCCAGUUGGUUCUCUUAAUUAGUCUUGUGGGAUUUCUGUUUGGAAGGAGUCACAGCAUCUGUUUACAUUUACCUUAUCAGAUCUAGAAUGUGUAUAUUUGUAAAUGUAUGUCUUCCUAGGUACUAGUUUGCAAAUGUCUACAUAUUUCAAUACAGAAAGUAUAACAUUCAAUAGUGUGCUGUCAAAGUGUGCUUUAGCUCAUCUGGAUAUACCCACAAUGUUAAAUAAUGUCUAAACAUUAAUCAUUAAAAUGUUUUUGAUUA